AGUGCAACGUUGACGUGUAUUUUGUUGCUAGUCUAAAAACUUCCUAUUUCGCAUCAUCCAGCUGUCAGAGCCGGACAUCAUUUAACCGCAAUUUUAACAUUUCUCACCGACAUUUUGUGAUAUUUCAGCUGUCGGUGACCUCGCGACAGUGUGUGACGAUGUCCGGAGAAAUGUCUAUGAUCGGUUCCGUCAUCCUGGCCCUGUUCCUGGCUGGGUACUUGGGCCAGCAGUACUUACCGCCCCCCAAACCGAAGGUGAUCGGCCUGGAUCUGGGCACCACCUUCUGCUCUGUCGGCGUCUUCCACCCGGGCAGCGGGGAGGUGGAGGUGAUAGCGGAUGAAGAGGGGAGGAAGAGCAUCCCCAGCGCCGUCUCAUUCACCUCCACCGCGGUGCUGGCUGGACAUGAAGCCGUGGACCUGGCCGACAGCAACCCCCAAAACACCAUCUACGAUGCCAAGAGGUUCAUCGGGAAGAUAUUUGAGCCGGAGGUCCUGGGGCAGGAGAGUGCUCGGUACCCGUUUAAGGUGAUUAACAAUAAUGGAAGUGCAGAGUUCCUGGUGACCACCAACCAUACCUUCACUGUGAGCCCAGAAUUCAUCGGCUCCAGGCUGCUGCUGAAGAUGAGGAAGAUGGCCGAGCAACAGCUGGGUGUGCCCAUCCAGAAAGCUGUCAUCUCAGUGCCCGCAGAGUUUGACGAGAGACAGAGGAACUACACCGUCAGGGCCGCAAACCUCGCCGGCCUGGAGAUCCUGCGUGUGAUCAAUGAGCCCACGGCUGCAGCCAUGGCCUACGGCCUGCACAAGGUGGAUGUGUUCAACGUGCUGGUGGUCGAUCUCGGGGGAGGAACCCUGGACGUUUCUCUGCUCAACAAACAGGGAGGCAUGUUCCUCACCAGGGCCAUGGCAGGGAAUAACAAGCUGGGAGGACAAGACUUCAGCCAGAGGUUGCUCCAGUACACCACAGAGCGGGUCCGACAGGAGUUUGGCGUCCCACCCACUCUCAAAGAGGACAUCCAUCGCCUCCGACAGGCUGUGGAGGCCGCCAAGCUCAACCUCACCCUCCAACCCAGCGCCACCAUCAGUGUGCCGCUGCACCUUCGCACCCUCACCGGCUCCGAGGCUCCCGAAGGCUCUGCUCCCGCUCCGGUUCUCUUCCGGGCUGUGAUCACUCGCGAGCUGUUCGAGGAGCUCAACGAAGACCUUUUCCAGAAGAUCCUGGCUCCCGUUGAGACCGUGCUAACCGAGGGUCGCCUGGAGAAAGAGGACGUGGAUGAGAUCGUUCUGGUUGGAGGGUCCACCAGGAUACCGCGGAUCAGGAGGCUGAUCAGCGAGUACUUCGGGAAGGAGCCCAACACAUCGGUAGACCCUGACCUGGCUGUGGUUACAGGUGUGGCCAUUCAGGCUGGCAUCAUGGGCGGCUCCUGGCCUUUACAAGUGAGCGCUAUAGAAAUCCCCAACAGACACCUGCGCAAGACGAACUUCAGCUAAUCUUUAUCCAGGUUGAGAUAAAAGUGACGCCACAGAGACUUGCCACUGAUUCCUAACUGAACUCCUCUUAAAGGACCGGUGUGUGGCAUUUAGUGGCAUCUAGUGGUGUUUUUGCAGAUUGCAACUCACUCGCUUCACCCUCCCUUUCCAAGCACAAGGGAGAAACUGCUGUGGCCGCAAGUCAGUUUGUCCAUUCUGGGCUACUGUAAAAACGUGGUGACCUGUGGUGUCUGUAGAUAGAAACGUCUCUUUAAAAGGUAUCAAACAUAGAAUAAUUCUUAUUUUCAGGUGAUUAUAGACUAAUAAAUUCAUACCUAUGAAUAUUAUAUGCCAUUUCUGCCAAUAGAUCCUGCUCAAUGUUACACACUGGACCUUUUCAAGUGCAGAAUUUCAAAUCUGCUGAAGUGACCUUCUGUCACCUGAAUGAAGACAUGCAAGAUACUCAGGUUUUUCAACUUAUCUCAUGCUUGUUUGUGAAAGGCAGCAGUAGCCGAAAUAGAUUUAUACCGAUGAUUAUGUACUGAAACACGCAAACAUUCCUCUCUGAGGCAAAGUAACUGAUAGCAUCUGCAGAAGUGAACAGUCCUGUUUCCGUUUUUUGAAGCGGCAGUGUUCUCACAUGUAUCUACUGACCCAUUCAGCUUCAUCGGUGGCACUUACUCGUGGUAGAUACUUCAGAUGGCGUUCAGUUCAGGACUUUAAGGACUAAAAUAAUAACCAGUAAAUCUUCAGCUAUUUAUUUAUUUAUUCCCACUAAUUGUGUGUUUCUGUGUGUGUGUUUCUGUGUGUGUGUGUGUACGUGUGUGUGUGUGUGUGUGUGUGUGUGUGUACGUGUGUGUGUGUGUGUGUGUGUACGUGUGUGUGUGUACGUGUGUGUAUGUACGUGUGUGUAUGUACGUGUGUGUACGUGUGUGUGUGUGUGUGUGUACGUGUCUCAAAAGCCCUUUAAUGUAUUUCUACACAUUUCCUUCAAAGGUUGACAUACAGUGUUUGUGCCUGUUCAGAAAGCUGCUAUAUUCUUUGAAGUGCAGAGGUGAACCACUGCCCCCUAGUGGUUCCACCAGAGGGCCUGGUCCAGGUCCCUGCACAAGUCCACUGGAGGUCACUGGGGACACAAUUAAUUUCAAGAUGAAGGUUCAUGAUUGAGAAAGCCUUAAUGUUCACACAGUACUGUAAAUCAUGAAUCAUCUGCAUCACCUCUGUUUAAAUAAAAUACAGACUGCAUUAUUUGUAAGUGACAUGCUCAGUGCUGCACUUUCAGGACUUCCACCUGUUGGCCAACUUUACAUUUUUGUGCAAUAGUGUAUGCUUUAUUUAAACGGCUUAAGAUAUUUGUGCUGCGUAUCAAGAGUGAAGAACAACAGCCUGCUUUUGCUGCUGUAGGUAGAGAAGGUCAACUCUGGUAGUCCCAUAGGUGGACCAAAGCAUUGCUUACUGGUGCCUUUGUGUGUGUGUGUGAUGUAUUUGUGAUUGCCUGAAAUGUGAGAGAUGGGAGAUUUGUUUAAUCAUUUAGUGUGAAGAAUGUGUGUGUGUUCACUUGCUCUUAGUGUGGUGGACAGUAGGCUGGUUAUUGUACAUCCAGCAUUAAAGUUAAUUUGUUUCCGAAGUUAAAAUGGUCCAAUAUCAAUGUUUUCAACCAUGAACUCCAGUUACCUACUUUCCUUUAAAAGCAUCACAACUUGUUUUUGCCAAAUGUCGUUCAUGACUAUUUACUUAAUUAUUUUUUUUUUAAAUGUUUUUCUCACACGGGAUCUAAGAUGUAACCGGGCCUCUAGUAAGAAUGAAGCAAAUUUGAGGCUAUGCUGUUUGUCUCUGUAUAAAUCAUCAGUCUGUAUUGACAUAGGGAGAAAAAACUAUGAAACUAUUUUAUAUUUCUAGCCACCUAAAAAAAACAAAAGAAGUUGAACUGUUAUGACCUACUUUUCAGCCAAUUAAAUGUACAUUUUCUAA